UGCACUCGCAGGGAAGCAUCUGUGACGUCACUGACAAGCAGGAGGUACAUCCUGAGGUUCCCAGCGCUGGAGACACUGAUGCUGGAUGACAACAAGCUCUCCAGCCCCAAUUGCUUUGCCAGCCUGGCCGGGCUCAGAAGACUGAAGAAGUUAAGCCUGGACCAAAACAGGAUUUUCCGGAUCCCGUACCUACAGCAGUUUCAGCACCGAGACAGGUCAGGGGACUGGGUUGGAGGCAGGGGGAGUCCCCAGAAAGAGCCCCAUUCCAUGAGACAGCCCAAGCCGUGGAUGUUUGAGGUCUCAGACGAGCAACCAGAUUAUACUGUACUGCCCAUGAAAAAGGAUGUUGACCGGACAG